AUGAAUGGGGAACUCAACCAUCAGAGCCUGCAACAAGAGAUGCAGACAUUGGAGUUGUUACUGCGGCCGGACCGCUACGAUCCACAGGUGCGCCCGCCCGGCAUCACAGGUGCCAACCCCACCAUAGUGAGAGUCAACCUCUUCGUCCGUACGCUCACCAAAUUUGAUGAUCAAAAUAUGGAAUUCGAAACGCAGAUAACAUUCAAGGAACAGUGGACGGACGCGAGGCUAAAAUUCAACGACUUAGGAGGUAAACUGAAGUACCUCACGCUAACAGAUACUAAGAGGAUAUGGAUUCCAGAUGUGUUCUUCGUUAAUGAGAAGAAAGCAUAUCAUCACAACGUCGUCACACCUAAUGUGUAUAUACGGAUAUUUUCGUAUGGCACUGUGCUUUUCAGUACACGAAUCUCAAUGACGCUGUCCUGCCCAAUGGAUCUGAGGAGGUACCCACAUGACGUCCAAGUGUGCUCCCUAAUGAUGGGAUCCUAUGGUUGGAAGACUGAUGACGUGGUGCUCCUGUGGAAAGACGGCGACCCUGUGCAGAUCAUGAGCAACCUACACCUGUCGCUCUUCACUCUUGAGAAGUUCCUCACGGACUACUGCAACACCGCGACGACCACAGGAGACUACAGCUGCCUGAAGGUGGAGCUGCUGCUGCGGCGGGAGUUCAACUACUACAUGAUCCACGUGUACCUGCCGUCGUGCAUGCUGGUCAUCAUGUCGUGGGCGUCGUUCUGGCUGGACCGCGGCGACACCGCUUCGCGCCUGUCGCUGGUGGUGGCCGCGCUGCUCGUGCUGGCCGUGCAGGUGUCGCGCGUGUACGCCUCGGUGCCGCAGGUCGCCUACACCAUGGCCAUCGACGUCUGGAUAGGCGGCUGCUUCACCUUCGUCUUCACCGCGCUGCUGGAGUCGACGCUGGUGAGCCACGCGAGCCGCUCGGACCUGCUGCGGGAGAUGAAGGAGCGCGACAGAAGCGCCUGCGAUGUCCUAGAGUACCCCGAUCCUGCCUUGUUGUGGUCAGACGGGUCCACUACAUUCACUAUGAUUAAGGAGUGCGAGAUCCAGACUGCCAGGGCUGCCAACUGCUGCUGCUGCGUCUUCCUUGCCAAGUUCCCCUCCCGCGCUACGCGUAUAGACAUCAUCUCUCGAAUCACCUUCCCAAUCGCCUUCACCCUGUUCAACUGUUUCUACUGGUACACGUACUUAUUCACUGAGGAGGAACCUUAAUCGGGCCUUGUUGCUGCAGUCGUAUCUGGACCGCAUUAGUUUCCUGGAACUUAACAGAUUCUAAAUUUUUACAUGAUCUUAUAUCUGUGAUGCGUUUACUACAAGUAUUUUAUAGUAAUCAAAUUUAUAUUCUAGCGUAUUUUGGAAUACAGUAUCAAUCGAAUGUUUCGAUUUAUCUUCGCAGAGGAAAUAUGGU